AAGUGUAAUACUGAACAACGAUUGUCCAACGGCACCAAUGUUCAGUUCAAACCUCACUCGGCGACUUACAAAAGUCAGAUUUCCUGCCUUUUCAUCACCAUCCUAUCAGUCUUCCGCGUUAUCCACGCUCCUCCCAUCCGCCCCACCUGCAGAGUCACCCAAGACUCCUUCGACAACAGUAGCCAAGAACCCACUCACCGUCCCCCUUGUCGGGCCACGUUUCGAGCAGACUGCCAUGGAGCUGCAGCCUAAUCCUGUGAAUGCGAUGGAUCUCAUUAACCAGGAACCCAUAAGGCUUGUGGACGGGCGAAAAGCAGUAUGUGAUGGAGGAGGAGGGCCGCUCGGGCACCCGAAGAUAUAUAUCAAUUUGGACCGACCUGGACCACGUCCUUGCGGAUAUUGCGGAUUGCAAUUCGAGCAGGCUCCACAUCAUGGCCAUGGACAUUGAUAUUUGGGUCAACAUAGUGUGUGGUAGAGAUCAGCGAUAUAGUCUUAAUUUAUUCUCGAGCUUGAGGAUUGUAGAAUCGCAGAUUGCACUUGACACGACGAGUAUUUCCAUGCCUCUCAGUUUAAAGCCACUGUGCGUUCCAAUUCU